CUCAUGCAUUUUGUGAAGUCUUGGUGCAGAUCUGCUGGCUUUAAACAGGAAGUGAAUUCUCUUAUGGUUACUGCGGUUCCGUCACUCACAGUUCCUCAUCAGCUCAGAGUCAGUUUGUACAAACUGUACUUUCCCUCUACGCAGAGAAAAUGAGUGAUGAGAUGGCUAAGGGGUGGCUAAGCAGCAGUGUGAGACUGUGUGAACUGAGGACUGCCACAGUGGACCAGCCUGGACAGGGUUUAAGGGAUGCAGUUUUCAACAGCUCCUCCUUCCCCAAGCCUGCCUACCAAAGGUCUUCUGUUCUAAACUCACUGGAGAUGUACACCCAGGCUCUUAGGCAGGCUGGGAUGGGCUUCACCACUGGGGGAAGGAGAGUGGGAAUGGACCAGCACAUUAGGGCAGAGGGCAUUGAUAUGUUCGCCCACUGCCUGGCUGGAGACAUCCUACAGUCAGCCAGAGGCCGGUGGGGGGCAGCACAGACUGAAGGGUACCAACCCAGGGGCUCCAAGGUAGGGCCACCCUUUGACCAUGUCUCUGGGGGAACAAAUCCCCCAGAGAUGGGUCUGAGGGAAGGCCUCAGCUGCAGGUCCUCAGGAGGCCCAGAGCUGUGCUCUACAGUCCUAAAAUCGCUGCUGGGGGAGGUUGCAGGAGAGAGGAGAUUCCAGAAACCUCGGCACAGGUCCAAAUCAGCACCGGAUCCAAUGGGGCAGAUCCCCCAAGCAAAGGCAGUGGAGGUCUUUGGUGGAUGGAGGAUGGGUUGUAGGCCGGAGCAGGGGUCCCUCUCCUGCUGUUCACCCCUGCAGGAUCAGCGUGAGGUGGAAGAACACAUGGAUCUGUGUGACGACAUAGUGGAUCAACAUAAUCAACACUGGAGACCAAGGUGUGCCAGCAAGGAGCACCCGGCCUGCUGGUUCUCAGGCAGUGCUGGAGGGCAGGAAACCAAGAUAGAGGACAGGUCAGGUCAAAGAUGCUUCCCAGGUUCACCUCCUCAUGCCGGGGCCUCCUACUCCAUAUUGGCCCACACAGGCCUUCCCAGCAAGGGCUCACUGGACUACCCUGAUGCUCCCCCAACUACUCCCCUCUUGCCUGAGAUGAUCAGAAGCCAUGGCAGCUUCCACAGGAAGUUGAAGGGCAGCCUAGCAAAGGAGUUCCUGCCCUCGCCUCCACCUCCCACUCCCAAAUACCUCCCCUGCAUCUGCGAGGAGGACAGGUUGGGCCUCAGGGAUGACAGAGCGGAGUUUGUGGCCCGGCUGAUGCGCUCACUGUCCCUGGAGUGCUCAGAUAGAGGGGCACUGGGUGUGGAGGAGGAAUGGACAGGUGCAGAGAGAAGACAUCAGGAAACACCCAGGCUUUCUGCCUAUGCCAGCCAGCUAUCUGCAAAGAUCAUCAGCUUGGCCACCACCAGCUGUGCGGCACACUUCAAGGACCAGGGUGCAAGAAUGGACCCCGGCAAAUGGCUCCAGCUCACAGCUGAACAAUGGGCCAAUGAGGUCAUGACAGAUUCCUUCCUGGAGCUGAUGAAGGAGGAUACUACAGAGUGGGUGGAGAGCAGACCUCCGGUGCAGGCCCAUAAAAUGGCCGAGAGAUGGCCAGGAAGCUCCCUGUACCCAGCAAUGUGUUCAGAUACAGCUGUAGGGCAUAAACCUGAGGACAUCAGCCCUCAACAGAGCAGGAACCAGGCACCCCAUGCCUCCCAGACAGAUGACCUGUGCUCUUUCGCUGGGCAGCUGAUUGCCAACAUCCUGAGGCAGGCCCGGGCAGAGCUGGGAACACCCAGCAAUCUUGGGCAAUGCCUGGUUCAGGAGAUGGCAAAGGAACUAUGCAAUAGCAUUGUGGCUGAGGCUGUCACAAUAGCAACAUGGCAGCAAAAUGCCAGGUGGAAGACUCCUGGGAGCCUGGAGGAAAGCUGCAACUGUAGCAGCGGUAAAUUAGGGGCAAUGGCCAGCAUAUCCCCCCAACUUGGCAUGACCAAACCCUGUUAUGUGACAUCCUUGGUGGAGGCUGUGGUCAGGGACUCUGUGCAGGAAGCUGUGAGGUUGGACAUGGGUCUCACUGGGGCGAGUGCAGACCAGGACCCGAGGCUUGGAAACCCCAUGGGGUCUGAGGUCAGGGCAUUUCUGGACACAUCCGCAUGUCUGGGAACGCAGGUGCUCCAGGGGAUGCUUCUGUGGGCAACGGCCUCCAAUUUAGGGAGCCCCACUCUGCAACUCACAGUCCAAGAUGUACAGCUUCAGGCAGAGUUUUCCAUGUUGGCCUACAGAGCUCUGCAGGCUGGCUGGACAGUGGGAGAUCUGAUGACAUCACUGUGGCAAUAUUGUGAGCUGGAAGACAAUUUGGCUGGCAGUGGGCGCAGCCUAAAUGAUACUUCCCUGUUGAGGUAUCUACAGGAGAAACUUGUGGCGGAAAUGACUGACUUGGAAGAGUUAAGACAAUGUGUUCUGCAUACUGACAUAGCUAAACACCAUGUGGAUAUCAUGUAAGAAGCAUUCAUUUCAUGCUUUAUUCGAUUACAUUUAUUUAUUUUAUAGGUGGAGCAGGGAUAUAAUAAACACAAAAUAAUUAUUUGAAUAAGUGCACUGAUGUUGUAUUUCUAUUAAACCAAAAUGAGAAAAACAAUGCUGACACAUAAAUCAAUGAAUGAACAAAAUAACUUCCACAGAAUAAAAUUACAUUCCUGAAUUAAAUUCUGCAACCUAUAAAAAACGCAUCCCUUCAGAAGCACACUUUUUGCAAUUUCAGUACAUGUUUCUACUGUUUAAUCUUUCUGAGUCAUCAUGAUGGCAAAUAAAUGAAUAAAUAUAAUGGAAAAUAA